UGACGUCAGCGGAACCACACGAAGGGAUGGGAAUUUCAAUGAUGAAGAUAACGAUUUUACUGAUGAACAUUAUCAGCAUCACUUUGGGGCAGUAUCAGUGGACACUUUUCGAUCAGGAGCAUGUGAAUCUUUGCAACGAGGCAUACAGCUGUGGUGGACGUGUUCAUACUAUGUGCUACAAGGCAAACGAGACACAUCCGAGAUGCAAAAAGUUUGCACCAAUCCAGCUAGGACCGGAUAGCAUCAAGAGCUUCAUGAUGGGCCACAACGGACUGCGCAACAAGGUUGCAACGAAUCCUCAACAACCUGCUACGGAUAUGCAGUUUCUGCACUGGGACCAGGAUCUUCAAGCGAUGGCAGAGCGUUGGGUGCGGCAGUGCGUCGUCGGGUACGAUGCGUGUGAUUUCAUCGGUAACCCCUCGUAUCCGAUCGGCCAGAAUGUGUUCUUCCAUCCCAAACCGAUCAUGCGGCACUGGGAAGCGCUCGCGCUGAGUACGUGGUUCAGCGAGAAGGAGAAGCUGGGCAACAACCUGUCCGUCGGAAGUCUGCAGAGUGCCGGUGUGUCCAACUACACGCAACUCGUCUGGGCACGGACCCAGUUUGUGGGUUGUGGUGCGGCCAGCAUGUACGGAGGACAUCUGAUCGUCUGCUACUACUAUCCCAAGGGCAGCAUAAUCGGACAGCCGGUGUACAGCGUUGGUCGCGGUGCGUGUACGGGUUGUCCGCAGGAGCGCGCCUCCUGUUCGCAUGUGUUCCGAGGACUUUGUGGAAUUGAUGAUAAACAUUCCGCUGGACACUGGGCAACCGCACCGUACACUGUGCCAAUGCUGAUGGGAAUGAUGUUAACAAGGGACAGCAAAGCAAACCGUCCAAGCCACACGAAAAGGGGAAAACACGCAGAACUUGGCAAACUCUUGAGCGGUGUGUUGAUGUCAGCUUGUGAUGUCUCAUUUCUCAUCAUCAGUUCGCAAAUCGUCAUCAACGCUGAGACUGAGAAUCGGCGUAGGGAAGUGAUUGCAAAAUUAGUGCUGCAGAAACUCGACACCCAGCGCUACGGGUUCUGCUGCUGGCCGGCAAAGUAUUCGGCAGUAAACGCUUUUAAAGCUUGAACUAAUCGCCGAUGACAUGCCGAUCCACCAGCGAGACUGGCGAGCUGAGGAGACAAAACUAAACCAAAAUCCCAUUAAACGACCAGCCAGACGUUUGGUCGUUCGGUAGUUUGGUCUGCAAAAAUGUUUUAUGUUUCAUUUUGUAGCAUCGCAACUGUUUGCCCGUUUGGCUCGUAAAAGCCCCGAUAUCAACGACACUGUUGCAGUGUUAACGGGAGCACUAAAGACUCGGGCAGCUCAGGGUGAGCGGGUUCGGUUUUAUUUUGUUAUUUGUGCAAGAAUCCGUACGCUCGCUCACGUUCGGUCACGAAGUGUAGACAGAAUGUGCAGAAAGCUAUAAUUAUAGUUUCAUUAGCAUAGCUAGACGAACAAAAAACAAUACGAAAGGCUUAGCGACUAGAGCCUUAGACUGUGUGGAAGAAUGAUUACUUUGUCGUCGCAUUUGACGGUUUUUUUGUGUUCUGUUUGCAUUGUGGAAUGGGUGCACCGUUUGGCCUCCUUCUGCAUGAUGGAUGCAACGUGCUAAAGAUCAGUGUAGUCACAUUAGAUUAAAGUUCGCGGAUUUACCGUGGAUCCUUUUACAGACGCGGCGAGGUGAACGUUAUUCGCGACGGAUUGCAUUAUCGUUUGUCUCGUGUCUAAAGACAUUGCCCGGAGGAGAAAUCUAAUGAGGGCUAUCAUCAGUGAGUUCAGAGUGUUUCGGCAAACGGGUGGCCAGGUACAACUCCAGGGUGCAAUAUCCGAGGUACGAACUGCAUUAAUGACCAGCAUGAUGUCUCGCCAGACGACGACGACGACGACGACGAGGUUGAUCGAUGCACCUAACAAUUCGUAGGCGUUUUUCGUAGUCUAGGUACUGGUUUUUGGACGGGUCUUGAGAUAUUUCAACAUUAGGGAGGUCAGGUACCGAAUGUCGGAUGUCGAGGAUCAGCACAGAAUUGAUGUGUUGCCGAAGAUUGGCUAGCCCCUAGGUACGCAAAGGGCAAUGGUUGUGGCCAGCGCCCUAACAACCAACCGGGCUGCAUAUUGAAGGCUAAUUAUGUCUUAUUGCUUAUUAAGUUUACGGCAGCCAAGGAAAGCCGAUGGGAAACGGGGAAACGCAGAGCACAGUUGAAUUACCCCGAAAAUAUCUGUACACGUACGUCUUUCAGGGCGUAAAUGUAGUUUUUGAGAAUUAAAUUUCCGCAUACCCCGACCGCUGAUGGUGUUCGCUCAAGCUCAAGCCAGCCAGUGGGGGGGAAGUAAUGAUCGUUUGUUUAUUUCGCCAUUGGCCUUCGGCAAAUUGUUUUGUGUGCUGGUCGUCGUCGUCGUUGUCUACGGUGGUGAGUGGUUCUGCGCUCAAAGGAAAAUGAGCGAUCGUCAACGUGUCUCGGGCUCGUCGUUAGGGCUUGCAACGAGUUUCCUUUCGCGUGUGUACCUAAGAAAGUCCAUUAUGACGGGCAGGUGAUGGCGUGGCGGCGGGUAACAGCCCUGAUGCAGCCAUAAAUCAGACUUCACGAUCGAUCGCUGAUGGUGAGGCGGAUGCUGCAAACGCGAAUGAAACAAAUCCAUUUUGGCUCGGUCAUAUUUUAAAUCUAGUUUUCUGCAAACAAAACAAGCAUCAAGUUAAGCUUUUCUGGCGGUGUCAUUAACUUUGGGUGAUCAGCUAGGGGAAAAAAAUUGGAUAUCGUAAUGUAUCGCGUCUGAAAGCUGAUGAUGAAGAUCUAAGUGGAUCGUCUUAUUGCGAGGAUGCUGAUCCUACCGAUAGGCAUCUGCUUGGGUAUGAUGACGUUGCAGCUUACGGCAGGUUGCAUACUUUUAGGAGCAUAUGCUAUGAUUGUGAAGGCAAAGCGAGAAGAUCCCGUCCGGCUGAUACCGUUCCAUUCCCUAAUGUAAAUAUCUUCAUGUCUCCCGAGGUUCUGUCAGCAGAUCCUAUUUCGGUUGGGAUUGUUUUUGGAAGCAAAUUGCUGGUUCAAUAGCACCACCGGACAGGCACCACGUUAAUCCACGUGGCGGAACAGUGGCAACGAGGCCCCUAAUCUCCAUUGCCUAAUGAUACCUGAUGUAAGGGAGCGGGGAUCUUCGAACCGAGUCCGAGCAGAACCGUUUGUGGAGAGUGUGAUCUCUAUUUCAGUUGAAAAGAAGUAGAAAAAACCCACAUGCACACGCACAGAGCAAGCAAGCAAAAAAAGGUUCUGCUUCCGUCUGUACCACAUCGGGGAUGAUGCGCUGGUCAGAACCUUUUCUCUUUUACUGCGUCCGUGCACGAGGCGCCAUCAGUCCUGUUCUUGGGACCCUCCUAUCCUCCUAGGCAGAGGCGGCACGACACGAAAGCCGCCAUCCGCUAUGAAAAUCUGUCAUUUCUCAACAAUUCAUUUCCAAUGUGGGCUUUUAGAAACGGGGAACGGGAAGGCCAGGAUGUGGUAGGAAACUAGCUUCAACACGCCACAAGCCACAUCCUGGCAGAUUCAUCGAUUCCGAUGCCGUGUGACGGCUAGCUGGCGGCAUCAGUUUCGAUUGGUUUGCCGGCUGUUUGGGUAAUAUAUUAUUUUAAUUAUCACCGUACAGCGAUAGCUCAUCGAUACCGGAGUGUGUAAUGGCGCAUCAUCUUUUCGGGUCCCGUAUCAUUAGGACCCAUAAAUACAGCACCGGAGGAGAUUUUUCUCCGCGACUCUCGGGGUGGUUUUGUGUUUUGUCUAGAGAUUUGAGAGCAAAAAAAGCAAGCAGCCUGAAGAUGGCAGGGAGUGGCAAAUCAAAGCGGUGCGAAGGGACGGGGAUCAAAUUGAGCCCUAUGAUUUUGGGAUACGAUGUAUGGUUUUGUCGAUUUUUGUUGUUGUUGUUGUUGUUGGUAUACCACGGAUGGCUAAGACCUCUGUGUUCCCUUUAGUUUCUUGGGUUUCCCAAUCAAACUCGCCGUUUUUUCAAAACCUUCGCCACAGAUUAAGUGGACGAUGUUUUGGUUAUGUGUUCGCGUGUUUCUGUAUUGUUGCUAUUAUUAUCCAUCGAGGGAUUAGAAGAUGUUUUUUUUGCACGUGGUUCUGCAAAUUGCAUGCGAAUGUUGAAUGAAGAUCGGGGCGAAGUUUUCACGUUGAUUGGGAAGAGAAAUCCAAUAAAAGGGACACAGCAGAAUUGGUAGCGGCAGGUCUAGAAAUGCACCGUUGGUUACGGGGGUUAUGCUUUUGGUGUGUAUAAAAAAGGGAAGUUCUUGGAAAGUUGAUUGACCUCUCGGGACGUUUGGAUUGUUUGGGGAGUAUGUCGAGCGUUGGCAGACUUCGAUUCGGAGCGUGCAUCACGAAAUGAAGCUAUAAGAGAUUACGUUGAAUGGAUCGGUUGAGGGGUUUCGAUCUUCAAAUUGGAGAAUCUGUAUUAUUAGCCUAUUUUGCGAAAGUUUUGGCUAGUUGUUGUAGAUCAAAGAGUGAUCUAUGAUCAUUUCUGUGUUGUUUAGUUCGAUCAACAUAGUUAAGAUCACCAUCAAGAAAGCAUCUGAUUUGAAAGAAUCUCCCAUUUUGAAAUCGUAAAGGAGUGCCGAGCAAUCUAAAAUAAUCCUCUGCCCUCGAUUCCAAUAAAAGAAGACAUAUUUGAAUAUAAUUUUCAAAAGCAAAUGAUCUAUUCAUUGUUUGGAGACGGAAGGAAUGCAGGACAUCAAACGAAGCCAUCAC